ACAUUUUUGAUCAAUUCCCAUUUUGAUAACUCCCCUUAAGCGGAAUGAAUAGUUACCACAAGUGAAUGUGUCCGUUUUGUGUAGAGUUAAUGCCAAAUAAUUGUGGAACAUGCUACCUUAACAUUGCCCACCUACUCUACUCUACUCUCUCUCUCUCACUGGGUUUAGGUAUGUUCUAUUUGGAGCUUGCCUCGUUCACCACUUAUUAUGCCCUUUUUUGUAGGCUGCUUACAAAAUGUAGUUUCUUUUUCUUUAAUUUUUGCUUAUUUGGUUCUUCAAUUUGUGCUGCAUUUGGUUUCCACUUCAGUUCAAUUCUAUUUGUGCAGCAAGCAAGCCUUGAGCUGUGAAAUCGUAUCCUCAUACUGCUCAUUCCAUUCCUUUUAUAGACACAAUUGUUCAUAAAUAAUCUCUUCCUCUCUGUUUUUGUUGGUUAUUCUAAUUCAAUUGGGUUGUGAAGUAGAACUAAUUUUGAGGAAUGCAGACAAUUAGUUUGAUGUUAGUGUUAGUGGUAGUGGUAGUGAGUGUGUAUGGAGAAUCAGAGUUUGAGUCACUUUUGGAGCUAAAGAAGGGCAUUCAGAAGCACCCAUUUCUUGUGUCAUGGGAUUCCAAGUCCCUGGCAUCCAAUGGUUGCCCUCAGGACUGGUACGGAGUUGUCUGUGUGGAUGGUCAUGUCGCUUCCAUUACUCUCAAUGAUGCUGCUCUUGUUGGCAACUUUGGUUUUCCACUUCUUUCCGCCCUUCAAAUGCUUCGAAAUUUAUCCAUUUCCAAUAACCAACUCACCGGAACUCUCUCCAAUCUUCCUCCCAUUCACUCUCUUGAGUAUCUCGAUAUUUCCUCCAAUUUGUUCCAAGGCAUCAUCCCUUCUGGUUUCCCACAUCUUUUGCGGCUCAAAUAUUUAGACUUGGGAGGUAAUAGCUUUUCUGGAGAUAUAAUGAAUCUUGUUUCUCAGUUGGGCGGCGUGCUUCAUCUUGACUUGAGCAGCAAUCACUUCACUGGUUCAUUGGAUUUGGGGCUUGGAGAUGAUACUUUUAUUUCGUCCAUUCAAUACUUUAAUAUAAGCCACAACUCCCUGGUCGGACAACUCUUUGCUCAUGAUGGAAUCCCAUAUUUUGACAGUUUAGAGGUAUUUGAUGCUAGUAAUAAUCAGUUAACGGGUGACAUACCUCCAUUUCAAUUUGUAGUCUCUCUUCGGAUUCUUAGGCUUGGAACUAACAGGUUGUCAGGGUCUCUGCCAGAAGCUCUUCUGCAAGACAAAUCAAUGUUAUUGUCUGAACUGGACCUUAGCCUUAAUCAACUUCAAGGUCCCGUUCGAAGUAUCACUUCUGCAACCCUGAAGAAACUUAAUUUGUCUUCAAAUAAUCUCUCAGGUCCAUUACCAGCCACUGUAGGGCAAUGUGCCGUAGUUGAUCUAAGUAAUAAUAUGCUCUCAGGAGAUUUAUCAAGAAUACAGAAUUGGGGAAAUUAUGUGGAAGUUAUUCAGUUGAGUAACAACUUUUUGACUGGACCUUUGCCUAAUCAGACUUCCCAAUUCUUGAGGUUGACUUCACUUAAGAUAUCAAACAAUUCAAUAAAUGGUGAACUUCCACCUGUAUUAACUACAUACUCAAAGCUCCAGGUGGUAGAUCUUAGCCUGAAUUCUCUUAGUGGAUCCCUCCUUCCAGACCUCCUUGCUUCAACAACACUGACUCACCUCAACUUGUCAGCCAACAAUUUCACUGGGCCAAUCUCACCUCAGGAACCACAAGACACAACCCAGAAUAUGAAAUUGGUCUCUCUGGAUUUGUCAUUUAACUCUUUUGAUGGACAUUUGCCCCCUGAAAUCAGUAAGUUUAAUAACCUGGUAUACCUUAACCUAUCCAAUAACAGACUCGAAGGAGCCAUCCCUGAGGACCUUCCAGAUGGAUUGAGAGAAUUUAAUGUGUCUUCUAACAAUCUCUCAGGUGUUGUCCCUGAUAACUUAAGGCGGUUUCCUGAUUCAGCUUUCCAUCCUGGAAAUCUGCUGUUGAUUUUUCCUAAUAUGCCAUCGUCACAGGAACGAGCUCCAGACCUGACUCUAAGGGAGCAUCAAUCUCACAUGAAACGUCUUAUUAAAGUUUCUCUUAUAGCUGGUAUGGUUGGCACUGCUACUGUCCUAGUUAUUUUGUGCUUGCUAAUUUACUAUUGGAACCAUCGCAAACAAGAUAGGAGAAAUGUAAAAGGAGAUGAGCACAAUGAGGAUGUGCCGCAAGAGCAUUCUCUUUCUCAUACCUCAGCCGUUAACAAGAAUUUGGAUCAGUCAUUAUCAUUUAGUUUCCAUCAAAGUCUUGUGCCGUCAUCACAGUUAGGAUCUGCAGGUGCUGAUCAUGGUGACACAUCAUCAGUUCAAAAGAAUCUUAACAAUCAUCCUGAAUCAAGAAGAAAAGAUGAAGGACUAUCCUCCCCCCUGUCUCAUUUGUCAUCAUCAAAUCCAUCUCCUUCUAAAAGCCGACUUUCCUUUGACAAUCCUGGUGUCCUUCAGGUUUAUUCUCCUGAAAAAUUGGCAGGGGAGUUGUAUCUGUUUGAUGUCUCCCUAGUGCUUACAGCAGAAGAACUUUCAUGUGCUCCAGCAGAAGUUAUUGGGAAGAGUUGCCAUGGAUCUCUAUAUAAAGCUACACUGAACUCGGGUAAUGAACUGGCUGUGAAAUGGUUAAAAGAGGGAAUAGCAAAAGGGCGGAAGGAAUUUGCAAGGGAAGUAAGGAAACUUGGGAACAUCAGACAUCCAAAUUUAGUUUCUCUUCAAGGUUACUACUGGGGCCCGAAGGACCACGAGAAGAUGAUAUUAUCUAAUUAUGUUAAUGGACAUUGUUUAGCCUUCCAUCUUCAAGAAACAGAGCCAAGAAAUCUCCCUCCUUUAUCUCUGGAUGAUCGACUUAGGAUUGCUGUUAAUGUAGCUCGCUGUCUGAACUACCUACACAACGAGAGAGCAAUACCCCAUGGAAACCUCAAAUCUACAAACAUUUUAUUAGAACCUCCCAACAUGAAUCCUUUGCUGACAGAUUACAGUCUCCACCGAAUAUUGACAUCGGCUGGCACAGCAGCACAAGUUUUGAAUGCCGGUGCUCUUGGAUAUAUGCCGCCUGAGUUUGGCAGCUCAAGCAAACCCUGCCCAUCAUUAAAGAGCGACGUAUAUGCAUUUGGGGUUAUCUUGUUGGAGCUUCUAACUGGAAAAUGUUCCGGGGAGAUUGUUUCUGCAGACCCAGGAGUAGUUGAUCUGACAGAGUGGGUAAGGUUAUUGGCGGAAGAAAACCGCUGCAGCGAGUGCUUUGACAAGCUGCUUCUUGAUGAGAAAAAUGUGGAGGCAGCAAGAGUUGUUGAUGAAAUGCUGCAUGUGGCUCUAACAUGUAUCCUACCAGCAUCUGAGAGGCCCGACAUGAAAUCUGUUUUCGAAGAUCUUUCAGCCAUAGUGUUAUAACUAUAUAGAAGUUCUAACUUAGACCCUAUCACUAAUCCAUUUUAUUCAUUUCCUUGUAAUUUUUUGGUGGGGUAUUGGUUGUAAUUUUGUUAUUGUUUUGAAGCUGCAGCUGGUCCUGUGAAUAAUGGCAUUUGAUAGGAAUUAUUUUGUUCAGAUUGGUGGGUUAAUCCCUUCUUUUUAACCCUAUUUUGCAAUGUAAUCUCUGUUGAUGUUA